AUAUAUAUAUAUAUAUAUCUAUCUCCUGGCCCUAACGUGAGAAAGGAGUAGAAAAUUCUUCUGGAGAGAGCGAGUACUCACCCGAAGGUUUCUUCAAAGUCAAAAUCCCUAGGGUUUGUUGCACGUCGAUCAUGGAAGACAGCUUCAGAGUUCGGGUAGAUAAAAUCUUCGGCUCCUUAUCUUCGUCUUCGGCGUCUUCAUCAUCGUCUCUCCGUUCUCUCUGGUGUCUCACCGACGAUGAGCUCGAGAAGAGAGAAUGGAACCGAGACAAAGGCAGCCCCGAGACGGAAGCAAGCGCGAACCUAUUUCCUUCCAACUCCUACGGUUUCUUCGCGAACGAGCAAAAUUCGGUGCCCGAGAAGAGUUCCCAAGAUCUCCACAAAGAGCUCGAGGACGACCUUCAGGACCUCGACGACCGCGACGAUGAUCGUUAUGAACCCCGGCCUCGUCAGUCUCGCCAAGACGAAGAUGAGUGGGAAAUUCGGUCUUCCAUAGGCUUGGAUUGUACUCUGGAUAACGAGGAAGAAGAAGAUGAAUAUGACAAAGUGGCUGUUGGCAAGGAAAAGGCUGGUGAUCGUCUUUUUAUGAGCAAUGUUAAUGAUUAUGGUAUCGAUGUGAAUACCUAUAAAGUGCUUCCUGAUUCAUUCGGGGAUGCUCCUAGAGAUCCACGUGCAAAUCACAUGGCUGCAAAAUGUAGGCUCAAGGAAGAUGCAGAAGCCGCAAAAAAUUUCACCACUUUGCAAGUUUCAGAUAAAACUGGGCCAGCUGUUGCCGAUACUCAAGUCAAAACAUCUGAAGAUGGUGUGAAUCCAAGAUCAAUUUUGAAGAGGAAGGAAAGUCAGACUCAUGCAAAAUCAGAAAAACGCGUCCGAUUUGACCCUGGCUGUAAGAAUAAUUCUGAGGAAGAAUCUGAAGGAGCAAAAGAUACUGAGAUGGAAACCAGUUCAGUAGGAGAGACUAUUGGAUGCAGAGAGCUUCAACACCAUAGUAUUCCGGAUUAUGUGCGGAAUCCUUCUAGUUAUACAUGUUAUACUUUAGAUUCAUCAAGUGAAAUUGAUGAUAAAUCUAACAGGCAAGCCUAUAUGGAUUUCCUUAAUACGAUGAAGGGGUCAAAUGCCAGAGUUUCGCACCUGGAUGAAACUCCUGUUGAUCUUCCAAAAUCGGUUACCUUUACUCCUAGAAAGAAGGCAAGUGAUCCUACAACAGUGAAAAGUAGUACUGAGGUUGAGCAAGACCAAGAGGGUAUUGGAAAGGAGUCGGUGCAAAGAAAAGGAUUGCCCAUAUGCAUUGCAGUUGGGGAUGCCCAAGAAAGUGAAGUUUCUGCAAUGGAGGAGGAUAGCUUGGAAAUUCCCAUGGACAAAGCUAACGAACAGAGACGAGGCCGCCGGUAUAGGACGAAGGUCAGGUUUGAGUCUGAUGAGUCUAUAGCUUGACAAGUGUUUCCUUCUGUAACUGAACAUAAUGUCAGUUCAGUAGUUUGAGUCUGGAAUUUCAAAUUUGUGAGACUGGCAUUUCUAUUUUGCCAUGUUGGCUGUGUUCAAGUGUUGUGUAGCCUGGCCAAGUUUUUAAAAUAACAAAAGAAGACAACAGGAGCAACUGAGUUGCUGCCGAUAGCACUAAA